AUGACUGAGCAACAAUUGAAACAGCAGAAGCUUUCGCAGUCCUUGAAAGUUCAAUUGAGGUCGCCAGAUGCCAAAGCGCCAACCAAAGGCUCCGCCAGCGCUGCUGGCUACGAUAUCUACGCUUCUAAACACACGGUGAUCCCAGCCCAGGGCCAGGGUCUGGCCUCGACGGAUAUCUCCUUCACGGUUCCAGUGGGUACUUACGGCAGAAUCGCCCCCAGAUCUGGGCUCGCCGUGAAACACGGCAUCCAGACCGGCGCGGGCGUAGUCGACAGAGACUACACGGGCGAAGUGAAGGUGGUGCUAUUCAACCACUCUACAGAGGAUUUCGUGAUCAACAAGGGUGAUCGCAUCGCGCAAUUGAUCCUGGAGAAGAUCGUUGACGACGCAGAAGUGGUCGUCGUGGAAAACCUCGACCAAACCGACAGAGGAGUUGGUGGAUUCGGCAGCACAGGUAAAUAG